AUGGCGACAUCAAAGACGCCACUACGACUCUGUGUCAUUGAGACUGAUGUACCGACUGAGGAGGAAUCAAAGCACGACCGCUACGGACAUGUCUUUGCAGAUUUAUUUCGCAAAGCCGCUAAAACACUGCCACAGCAUCAUGACGAUGUCGAUACCUUCCCGGACGUGAAGCUUACCUUUAAAGACGCGGUGCAAGGAGAACUACCGAGUGAUGAGGAAAUGAGAGAAUUAGACGCCAUUGUCAUCUCUGGAAGCAAAUUUGAUGCGCACGAUGAGGAAACACCGUGGAUUCAAGAGCUCGUCAAGUUUCUGGAUCACGCAUGGAACCACAAAGACCCAGCAGUACGCAGCGUGAAACACUGUGGUGUUUGCUUCGGUAUGCAAAUCCUGGCACGGAUGCUGGGUGGAGAGAUUGAAGCAGGCAAGGACUGGGAGCUUUCAGAGCAAGAGAUUGAGUUGACUGAGGACGGUAAGAAGUUGUUUGAUACGAAGGAAAAUAGUCUGACGUUGAUGCAAAUGCACGGCGAUCAAGUCUUGUGCGUUCCAAAGCUCAAAAAUGGUGAAGAGUGUCGAGUGUGGGGACGCUCUGAGCACACCCAGAUUCAAGGACUGUACCUCCCCGGCAGGCUCUUCACAACUCAAGGUCAUCUUGGCUUUGACGAGCAAAUGGUGAAUGCCAAUAUCGAUAGAAGCCAAAAAGUCGAGUCACCAUGA